AGUUAUUCUGAAACGACGCAUGCGUCGAAAAUGGCCGCAAUAAACGAGUAAGCACGAGCUGGAAGUAAAGGUUGGCGAUAAACGCAACACGAAAUCUUAGUGAACUCAAAGAAAAAAUAAAAAUUAGAACGUAAAAAUGUAUUUGAUGUACUAUCUAAAUGAGAAUGGAGAUCGAGUGUAUACGUUGAAGAAAAUGGAUCCAAAUGGAAAACCGACGCUAUCGGCUCAUCCAGCUCGAUUUUCUCCUGAAGAUAAAUAUUCAAGAGAAAGAAUAACAUUAAAACGAAGAUUUGGCUUAUUACUCACACAACAACCACUACCAACAUAUUAAUAUUUCUAUGUUUAUAAUUAUAUAUAAUGUAUAUUACACAUAUAUAUAUUAUAUAUAAUUAUAUAUGUGUAAUAAUGGCAUUGAAUAUAAUAGCACAAAAUUUAUUAAAUGCCUAAAAUAUUUAUGCGAUAUUUCUUACUGUUUAAAUACGGAACUGAACUUUCAACGCCUACAACUUCCCCUCUUGGUAAUCUAAACGUCUGCUAUCCCAUUUGUGUUGAAGCAUUCACAGCAUUUAUAAUUAUACUUGGAUCCAAAUUAUGUAUGAAAUGCGAUUAAUAUCUUAUAUAUAAUGGAUUAAUUAUUCAUUUU